AUGUAUACUCAAUAUCACUUGUCUAUGAUCUCGACUGGGCUCCAGGAGGUCGUGUCUAUGAUUACUGCCGGGCUCCAAGAGGUCGUGUCUAUGAUCACAGCCGGGCUCAAAGAGGUCGUGCCUAUGAUCACGGCCGUGCUCCAAGAGGUCGUGUCUAUAGUCACGGCUUGGUUCCAGGAGGUCGUGUCUACAAUCACAGCCGGGCUCCAAGAGGUCGUGUCUAUAAUCAUGGAUUGGUUCUUGGAUGUCGUGUCUAUAAUCACGGCUGGGUUCCAGGAGGCCGUGUCUAUGAUCACAGCCGGGCUACAUGAGGACAUGUCUAUAAUCACGGUCGAGUCCAGGAGGUCGUGUCUAUGA